GCGCCGAGCGCCGCGUCUCGGGAGUUGAUGGCAGCACCACUGUGCGGCCGUCCGGCCGAGCGCGGAGCGCAGCCACACGCCGCUGCCCAGGGAGCGCCCAAGAUGUGGGGGGACCGGGGCGGCAGCGGCCGUAGCAGCGCCAGGGACGGGGGCACCCAGCAGCCUCCGCUCGCCCGCCUGUCCUGACCUGCCUCCCUUGCCCCCAAAGAAUGUCAGCCAAGUCUAAGGGGAACCCCUCCUCGUCCUCUCCAGCCGAAGGGCCGCCGGCAGCCUCCAAAACCAAGGUGAAGGAACAGAUCAAGAUCAUCGUGGAGGAUCUGGAAUUAGUCCUGGGCGACCUGAAGGACGUGGCCAAGGAACUUAAGGAGGUGGUUGACCAGAUUGACACCCUGACCUCUGACCUACAGCUGGAGGAUGAGAUGACUGACAGCUCCAAAACAGACACGCUGAACAGUAGCUCAAGUGGCACAACAGCUUCCAGCCUAGAGAAGAUCAAAGUGCAGGCUAAUGCACCACUUAUUAAACCCCCAGCACACCCAUCUGCUAUCCUCACAGUCCUGAGAAAGCCAAACCCUCCACCACCUCCUCCACGGUUGACACCUGUGAAGUGUGAAGACCCCAAAAGGGUGAUUCCAACUGCCAAUCCCCUAAAGACCAAUGGCACCCUUCUACGAAAUGGAGGCUUACCAGGUGGACCUAACAAAAUUCCAAAUGGAGAUAUCUGCUGCAUACCCAACAGUAACUUGGACAAGGCUUCAGUGCAGCCUCUGAUGCAUAGACCUGAAAAAGACAGAUUUACCCAGGCAGGGCCUCGAGAACGAGUUCGGUUUAAUGAAAAAGUACAGUACCAUGGCUAUUGUCCUGACUGUGAUGCCCGGUAUAACAUAAAAAACAGGGAGGUCCACUUACACAGCGAACCUGUCCACCCACCAGGAAAGAUUCCUCACCAAGGCCCUCCCCUCCCUCCUCCACCCCAUCUCCCUCCUUUCCCACUAGAAAAUGGGGGACUGGGAAUAAGCCACAGUAACAGCUUCCCCCCUGUCAGACCUGCAACUGUGCCUCCUCCCACUGCACCAAAACCACAGAAGACGAUCUUGAGGAAAUCAACCACUACAACCGUGUGAUGUAUGCCAUUAAAAAAAACAAAAAAAAAAAAAACAAAAACAAAAAAAAAUCUGAUUUUUAAAAUUUUCUAUAUUAUAAAAUAAUAAGUAAUGAGCACCUUCUACUCAAGCAAUAAAAAGCCCAAAUAUAUUAAUCCUGCAUUCAGCAAAGUGGCAUAAAAAUCACCUGGUAAGUAUGCAGCACAUUGCUUAUAUCCUGGGUAUGCAUUAUUUUAAAUGUUGUAUCAUUUAAGACCUCAGAAUGAUGAAAAAUAUGAAUGCAAUGUUUUUGCAAUUGACCUACGACAAACUGUGAACCUGCAGAUUUCACCUAUUUUGAUUUACUGUAAGAGCUGGGAUUUGAUCCAUUUUAUUUAUGCCUAAGUCAUCUAUGCAUUAACAUGUCAUAUUCUUAACUUUGAUCUAAUGCUUUUUACCAGGACAUUUUAAUACUGGAGGACUAUUUUAUUAUUUUUUUCUAAAGAUGUUUGUCACUAGUUUUUCAUUAUUAAAUGCUGAGGACAAUACCAAGAAGUUUAUUUUCUAUAUUAUACAAUUAUGAAUUAUAUGCUCAGCUAUAUAUGUAAUAAAAUACUUUGGUCUGUGGAAAUAUCGUUAUAUCAAUAAACAAUAGUAAAUAAUGAUAAAAACCAAAUGUUCCUCAGAAUUAAAAUGAAGUAGUGAUUCAUUUAAUCUCAGUUUAACAUUCAUCAAAAUGGGUAGCCAAUCUGAUGGAGUUUGGAGAAGUUACAGUGAGUGCAUAUCCGAAUUUCCUAAAUGAAAUAUCAUACUCCACAUCAUAAAUAGAAAUUUACACACUGCAUAUGUUAUACUUCCAUUUGGUACUUCAAGAACCUUCUCUUGAACUCUCCCUAUGUUGCCAAGCCCUCCUCAUACUCAACAUUCUUCCAGGAUGUACCAUAAACUAUUACAGUGAGUCUGUGGGGUUCUUUGCCUCCUGAAUUAGCAAGCUCUCUGCCUCCCCAAGUGAACUCACAUUUAUAAGAGAAUUAUAGGGGAAAAUCUAAGUGCUUCUGGUAUGAGGAUGAGUUCAGCAUUGGCCGUAAUCUUUUCCCUCUCAGAAUUGAAAGAUACAAUGGGCUGUUGCUGUUCUCUAAAAGAAAGAGAAGGAAUCUUUCCUUCUAACAUCAAAUAAAAAUCCUUCUCUUCAGUCUUAUUUACUAACUUCAGAAACUUUACCGCCCCACCAUGGGCCACAUUUAGCUUCCAAUUGCAUUAAUUUCAACUGAGGAGAUAUUUUGUCUUGGAGCUAGAAAUGAGUUUCUCUCCUUUAGAGUUAUGAUGAGGACAGGUUCCUGAAAACAAAAUUGGUUCAUUUAGUGGUAAGAGUAAAGGGAGUCAUCUUUGGUGGAAAUGUAUUUAUUGCACAACUUGAUAAAGAAUCAAGUGGCUUUUGUGAACAUUUGGCUUUCGAUCUCAAAACUGUAAUCCUUGCGCAGAGAGGUAGCCUUCAAUCAUAUUUCUCUUUGUUGCCUUUUUCAAGCUAUAUCAUGGUAAUUUGGAAUAGUGUCUUUGACAGCUUCUUAUUAAAAAUGAUUAUAUAUUUUAUAUGGAAUACAAAAAGAAAAUAGGCCUUAUUUUAUGAAGGAACAAUCAAAUUAGUGAAAAUCAGAAUGUCAUGUUAAAUAUUUAGUCAGCAUGCAUUAUAUUUUGUAGGUGCUGGACAUGAAGAUAAGGAAAGCAAAAUAAUCCAACUUACAAUUAUCAGAAAGUUACAAAACAUAGAUCCAUAAUCAAGAAAGGCCACAAUCUAAAAUUUCUUAACUGUAUUAUUUAUUAGUAUGUUUUUGAUAGAUAUGAGUCACAUAAAUAAAUAAUAGACUUAUUAAAUACCAAAAUAAUGUGUUCUUAACUUUUUAAUGCAUGUAUUUAGUCUUGAUAGAAAUAAAACCAGGGUUUUAUCAUAUUUCUAUAGUUAAAUAAUUACUUCCUUUCACAUGUCUAUCAAGAGCUAGACCCUUAAAUAUUAUAAACAAUUUUAGAGACAUGCAGUUUUCUUUCUUCAAUGCGUCUUGCCUUUUCAGCCAGUUACUGUGACCUAAUAAUCACCCUGUAGCUUAAGACUGUGACACUUUUCGAUGCCUGGGAACCAACCCUGAUCUCAAGGUAGAACUUUCUAGCAACCAUACACCACCCACAGAACAGAUAAUUUCCUUGCAAUAAAGCAAGAUGAAUAAAUUGAAUCAUUCAAGCUGGUUGACUAAGGACAUUGAGCCAGAAGCCUAAAAACAACCUCAGAGUUCCAAAUCCAUUUCUCUUUCUCUAAGUACAGACAAAGCUUCUCCAUGAAAGAUCAUAUUUUUCUGUGUGAUUGGUGACAUAUGCCAAAACUACACCUGUUUUUAUUCACAGAAAUAACUAAUUACUGGCUUAGAAAUCUGAGUUGAAUACCAUCCCCAAAAUGUUACAGUUUUGACCUUACUAAUAAGGACCUUACUCUCUUAUGAUAGUUUAUUUAUAAUCAACAUUUAAUAUUAGAUUAUAGCAGUUAGGACUUAUUUUGAAUUUAUUUAUUCCAUGCUAUUUCAUUUUUUAUUAAUGCAUGGCAUAUAUUUUGCCAAUAGGUUUUCUUGCCCAGGUGAUAAUUUUGCAGCAUUCACUGAAACUUAGUUAUAUUUUUACAUAUAUACAAACUUGUAAAACAAAAACCAAUUAACAUAAAGCAUCAUAUUUGCCUGCAAACUUGUAAUUAAAGUGUCAUUAGUGACAGCACAGUUUUUUAUAAUCAACCAACAUUACUUUCAAAAUGUAAAUGUUGAAGUGUAAGCUCUAUGUAUCAUCCAUUAAAUUACCAUAAAAUAUAGUACAUAUUUCCUCUUCCUAAAGACCUUAAACAGAAAUGUUUUCCUCAAAUACUUGAAACUGUGUUUUGUUAACCGUGUGCAUUUGAACACUUUUAUUUACACAUAGUGUUUACCACAGAGCUAGGAUUCAUACUCCCUUGAAGGUGAUGUUUCCACAAAAUGUAAAAUGGUAAUACACUUUUUAGGAAAAUAUCCAUUCAUACUGUAAACAUUGAAUAUAUUUCAAAAGGCAUGGUACUCAUUAAUUAAAUUGGAAUACAUAAUAUUUGUUUUUUUACUUUAGACAAAGAUUAUCCCAUUUUUGGAGUUUUUUGUACUUCUACCAAUGAAAGGUGAAUAUAAAAUAAAAAUUGACGAAAGUUGUCUUCCAUCUACCAGUAGUUAUAGCAGUUGUAAAGGGAAAUAAAACACAUUUUUAAGAUUGUGCUUAAGCCAAAUCUAAAAAUAUCUUCACAAAAAUAGAAGGGCAUACAGAAACAAAUUUUUCACUUUUCCAAUUUGAUGUUAUUCAUUUAUUCCCUCAUUCAUUGAAUAAUAUUGGAACAAAUGAUUAUAUUAGCAGAAGUGGUUUAAUUAACCUAAAUUAUCCUGUGUUUGAAUUAUAACUGCAUCCUAAUUAUUAAAUGAGUAAAGUAAUAUGAUACAGCUGACAUGGCUUUCUGUGGACAGAUCAGCAUGUCCAGGGCAGCAGCUACUCACAGUCUUUGAAACUAUACAAGACCUUGAAUCUAUAGAGAAUCUACAGAGUCUAAUUAUAGCUCUUUUUUGGUGCUCCGUGAAGAAAAGUCUGAGUAAUUCUGCAUAUAAUUGCAUAGGGAAUGGUGUUAUCAAGUAAUUAAUCACCGCCUUGACUGAAUUUUUUUCCAUGGAUUAUAUGUGAUAAUGCGAUGCUGAGUCUUGUAAUUAUCCUGAAGACUUUGUUUCUUGCUUCUAAUUCUCUGUCACCAGCUCAUUUUGCUAUGACUUACGCUCCAAGUUGUAGCAAAAGAUUACAUUGUAAUGUACUUUGAUAAAAUACUGAUGAUUUCUAAGUGGGGAAAGUAUUUAUGAACGAUAAAGUUCUAUAAAAAGGCACAUUACAAAAGUAGAUAAAGUGCACAGCAUCUGAAAAUUACUAGACAUUUUCACAAAACCACAUCACAUUCUCUGGGUCAAUGUGUAACUGACACUGUUUAAAUGUUUACAGUAAGCGUUUUGGAGUUUACGAAUUCUUCAAGUUACAUGAUUCUGAAAUACUGGUAGAUGUGAUGCUACGAUUAGGGCACACGGUAGUGUUGAACGUAAAACUGCAGUUAGCCUUAUCUUUGUGGAGUAGCAGUUACGUAGGCUGUCAUUUCAUUUGAAGCAUUUGGAUUUAUCAUGCUCAUCUGCUGGAGAAAAAAAAAACCUGAAGUGUAAUAUAAAGAAGCUUUUCAAAUAGCUCUCUCUUUAAAAUACAGUUAAAUCAACAUGGGGUAUAGAAUUGUGUGAAGACACAGGGAAAAUAAGGAGGAAAUAUUGCUUAUAAUUUAUAGCUUCUAGACUCAUAGGUAGACUAACAUAUUAACUUCUUUCUGAAACUUAACAUAUCAACACUAAUAUAUAACAUAGGAAUUAGUACACUUAUUUAUAAAUGGAGAAAUUGUACUCCACCAACAUUUGCUUCUUGGUAAGUGUUGGGCUGGCAUUUUGUGCUGCAAGCAUGACUUACCAUGUUUUCUCUCCCCACAGUAUCGCCGUUUAAAUGUGUUCUUCAUAGCCCCAAACUUUGUGAAGGUUUCCGUUAUUCUGAUCAGUUAUUUUGAUGCUUGAAAAGGGUUACCUAAUGUUGUUUUGACAUUCUUAAUGUGUUUGAUCUUAGCAGAAUAUGAAAGGGAUUUCAGGCAAUUUAGCUACCAUCUAAAAUGAAUGAGCUGCUGAAUAAUGCAAGCCUCAUUUUCGCAUGUAUUAUACCAGCGGCUUCACCUUUUAAUUUUUUCUCUAAGUUCAAAGACUAUUAUUGUGGAUCCUUUUUCUAAGAAGUUCUGUUUCUUAGAAUUAUGCCACUGACCCUGAAUGUGUCACUAUCAUACACUGGUGUUUCAUUUGUGAAUUCCAUCUAUUUAACAUUGAUCCCUAGAGCCAAAAGUAGCAAUAGAUCUACUCCAUGGAACCUCUAAAGAGUGCAUUAAAACUCUCUCUAAUAAAAGCAUUCCUAUGCUUUUGUUAUUAGGCUAUGGAUAUGAUUUCCCUCUAUUUCAUAACGUAAUUGUCAAUUAUCCUAACCACUCAGAGGAAUUUUAGACCAGCUAAAUAAAACAAUGUGUGUCUCAAGUGGGUCAGAGUUCAUGGCAGCAAAACAUGUGCUAUGGAAUCCUUAUCAAGAGCUUACUUUAUUCUAAACAUUCUUCUAAGUUUUUUGCAUGAAUACAAAACAUCAUCUUCAUAACAUCAUUUUUUUUAUUCAUAACAACCCGAUGUCUUGGACACAAUUAUUAUUCACAUUUUACAUAUGAGAAAACUGCGGCAUUGAAAACUGACUGCCCGCAAUCUUAGUUCCAGUAAGUUGUCAACCUAGAAUUAUAAGGCAGGCAGUCUGCCUCCGCAAUCCAUAUUCUUUACCAUCUUUCAGCACCACCUAAAACAUCGAUCCUGCGUUGUGUACAGAUAAUCUGUAGAUCUGAACAUCAUCGUUUUCUGCAAUUUGCCUUAGAAAGGUAUUGGGAGAUAUAAGAUAGAAAAAUAAAUGUAUUUUUGUGUUAGUCAAGAUAGACUAGCUUGUAUGCUAUGGUAACAAAUAACCCCAGUAUCUCAGAGACAUCUGAGUUAUUUGUUGUGAACUCUGUGUCAGAAUUCACCCUGGGCCUGGGAGAAUUUUCAGAGCAGGUGUUUCUCAAGUAGUCAUUCAAUAAUAAAGGCUGCAUUCAUCCUGGGAAUCAAACAUUCUCAUCAAGAAUCAUCACAACAUAGUAAGGGGCAACUGGAGAAUUUUACUGCUUUUACAUCAGUUAAGAUUUGUGUACCAAAGAUUGGUGCUUUGACGUGUUUGCAUGUUUCACUACCCAAAACUAGUCACAUGGUCUUGUUCGUAGUCCCCAUAUGACCAGAAAUGGAAAACGAUCUGCAUAUGGGUGAGGGCCCAAGUCAUGCCAACCACAGUUUCAAAGGGAUAAUUUUUUGGUGUUUGAAUAAUUUGAAUAUUUUACAGAUUCCUGAAGACUUUGCUUUCUUAUCUUUUUAUAUUACCUAAUGUUCACUUAAUCUCACCAUAAAUCAGGAUGUCAUUUUAUUUUAAACAUAGAUAGAAAUGAAUCUACAGUAACCCCGCUGAAAACUUAGUGGGGAAAGUUAACAUUUACUAUAAUGAGAAUUGAGUUUUAUUACAAUUUGUAACAACCAUGUUUGAAUUCUGUCUGAGAAUAGUUACCAAUAGGCAUUUUUAAGUUAAACAUUUUAGAACUGCAUACUAAAUUUUUAGUUGGCAAGUUUCUGAAUAAGUAAUCUUUCCAUUAUAAUUAGGUUCCUAUAUGAGUUGUCCGCCAAAUAUUACAUAAACUUAAUGUUAAGAUACAUACUUAUCUCUCCAGAAUAGCCAAAUAAAUGUCGUACUACAGAAAUUUAGUAUCAUGAUGAUGUAAAUCAUAUGUGUAUAUAUAAUAUUAAUUUAAAGGAUAAUAUAUUAGUAUAAAAAUAUCAAUUCAAAACCAGAAAGCCUGUGUUUGAGUCUCGAUCCUCCAAGAUCUUAAGUGCUCCUGAUCAAAUUACUCAACAGGUUUGAGAUUUGGUUUAAAAUGAAGAUAAUGGUGCCACCCUUUCUACCUAAUGGGGCUAUUGAGUCAUUAAGUAUGUAUCCUGAGAUCACCUGGAUUCCUCCAUUACAAUAUAAUAAACAAUAUCAACAAAAGGAUGCUACAAUUACACAAACCCCAAAUGAACUUCUAAGACGUUGGGACUAUAAGCUUCAGUUCUUUCCUAGAUAGCAAUGCUGAAAUGCACAAUGGAUGAAGCAACAUGGAUAUGCAAUUUCAGAAUUCAACAAGUCUGCUGCCUUCAGAGUUAUUGAAUAGACAGAACCACUAAAUUAUUCUACCGCAUUCUUUUCAUAGGUCAGAAAUGUCUCCCAACCUUUUAUAAUAUCUUCUAGAUUGGAGCUAACUAGACCAUGUAUGGUCUCAUAGGAAAUUGCUAUUUACCCAAUGUUUUGCUUUAAAUUUUACUGUGUUAUUUGCAUGGGAUAAAAGCUGUUCUGCUAACACAUAGUGGGUUACAUACAUAGUUCAGCUCAGUUGAAUCUUCUGUUUUAUUUAUUUAUUCAAACCUCAACUCAUGUUUCUCUUGUAGUCACAUUUAUAGAAAUGACAUAUAUUACCCCUGCUUAAUUUUAUCUAAUCCUUCACAAGGUAUUGGUCCUGUACUUGUUCCUCAAAUUACGUGGUUUCACACAUUUUAUUUCUAAAUAUGUAUUUCUGUAGUAACAUUAAUUGUGUAUCUUCUAUUACCACCCAGUUUCCUAACAAUUUCCCCUGCAUUCCUCUUCUAAAGGACACCGCCUGCCAACAUGUUGUUUUGAGGCCCUAAUUAUUUAAUGAAUGUGAAAAUACAGUAAAACCUUGAACAAAUACGAAUUACUGUUAUUAAUUUGUGAUACUUCUUACCAAAUUACUCAUGUUCUUUGUUAAUAUGGAGGAUUGUUUUGUAUUUGCCUUAGUUGAUGCUAAUGAUAUUGUUUUCGUCUUAUUUGUAAAGUAAUCAUUUUACUUAGAUAUCUUUGUAGUUUAUAUUAUCAGGUGAGCCUAAUGAUUUUCUUAGAACCUUACCAAUUCAUUUGUAGAAGUCUCAUUUUUGAUUAACUACAUUUUGUGAAUUAGAAAGUCAACAAAUGCACAUGAGACAAAUCUAAAAAAACUGAAAAGCUUGCUUUAUUAAACUGUUUUGACAAGUGUAGCCUACCUUUAAUUAUGAUAACAUGUAAUAGCAUAUGAAUAAAUGUAUUUAGAGUAUAAUUCGUCAAACUAAAGUCUAAUACAUAUCUCUUUAUAUCUUCUAAAAAUGUUCAUAUAAGAAUAAAUCAGCUUUUGUUUAAAAAUAUCUAGGUUUGUGGUUUAAAACAAGUUAUCAGUGAUAUUUUAAAAAUUCUGACAAAGCAUUAACUAUUGCUUUGCUUCAAUAAAAGUUUGUGAUAUAUUUAAAUAUAUAUUUCAGUGAACUGCAUUUCAAAAGGACUGAGAGCUGAAGUCUUAUGGUUAUAGUGACUUAUGACUUCAUACAUUUACCAAUAUGAAUAUUGCCAACAAAAUCCAAAAAUAUCAUCUGGAACUAUUAUUUCAACCAAUUCAAACCACCCUUUAUGACAACAAAAGGCGUAUUUAGUUUAUGUUACCUCCUUUUAAAAACUUCAUAGUUGUAGCAAAUAAUGACUGCAUCUUAUGUGAUAUUGAAAAUACAGUACUGAAGUUCUGGGUUUUAUAAAACAGACUUCUUUUUCUAAGUGGACUUAUCAAUCCGUUAUUAGAGAAUUAAUAUUAAAAUUAGCUCCUCCAUAUGACUUCUCAAUAAUUUUUCUGAUUACCUAAACUCCGAAUUUCAGCUACAGUUAGCUUUUUCAUCUCUCUCAUUUUUUUAAUCUAGGUAAUUUUAACUUUUUGCCAUGUCUCCCUUUUAAAGUCUCUCCCAAUGCCUCUCCUCAGUUGGGCUUUUAUCAUCUCCCUUCCGAAGGUUGCAUUUGCCACCUGACUGCUCACUUGACCCCUUGCCUUAGUUUCCACUCCAUUCUGCCAAUACCCAACAGAGAAAUUUUCCUCUCACCAUUUCAUCUCAAUCCAAAAAAUUUGAUAGUUUAGGACUAUCGCUAUUUAAAAGUCUUACCUCUGGGCUUGGCAUUUCUAACAAAAAUACUUGAAAGCCUAUCUUUAUAAUCUCCCUAAUACUGAAAAGGCUGCUCCAGCUGAGUAGUCUAAUUACUGUUCCCCUGAUAUGCCUUGCUGCACCUUCUUCUGGACUUGUGGCCCAGCCUGAGAUAACUUUGUUCUGUAAGUCUUGCUCUGUAGAUUUUCACCAUUUAUCUGAAUCUUACCCUAACUUGUAAAAAAUCUUAUUCUAACUUCCAAAAAUAAAACACAGUGGUAAAAUGGGUACAAUACAGGUAAAAAAAAUUAUAAAACAAACAAAAAUAUAUAGAGAAAAGGUAAUUAGUAAUUAAAUAAAUAUUCUUUUAGAGUGUGCAUCUUUUCUUAAAUUAGCAGUAUAAUUAAAGGUAGCACCUACCAUAUCUACUUUUACUAACAAGAAACCAUAGGGUAACAAAGUUGAAGAAACUUAAAAUGAUCACAUUCAAUUCCUUCACUUUAUUGACCUCUUACUAGGCUGAAUAACUUGUGAAAACUCAUGCGCAGAAAUGCAGGUUUCCUCACUUGAGAUAAAAUAUAUUCCUAUUUCCUCCAUGAAAGUGGUUCUCUAUAGAAGAUGGACUGCUACAAAGUGAUGUAUUAAAAUCUGAAUCUCAGUACAGAAGAGGUAAGCAAUAAAAUUUGAGUUAAUUAUGUAAAAUGCUGUCACAUAUGCAGAAAUUUCUCAACAAAAAGAAGGAAAGGAAGUGAAAAAUAAAUAAGAAAUAUACACUCACCAUAAAAAUGUGCAUGUGAAUUAUUGCAUAUGUUAAACAGCUUGAUGUAGCCAUUCCACAAUGUAUACAUAUUUCAAAACAUGUUUUAUGUGACAAAUGCAUAUAAAUAUUUUGUUUAUU